UACCCAAAAUGCAAUAGCACCUGGAAAAUACCAGGCGGGGAAUAGGAAAAGUACCCCAUGCGAGAAUUUAUCCUCCGAUAUUUGGCAGCUUAAAAGUAUAAAACGGAUAGAGUAGGAUGCCGAAACAUUACUUAUUGUAGUAAAACAUUUCUAAGUCUAUGUGCAAAUAGUUGUAAUGUUUUGUCCAACUAUGUUCUGACUUAAGAUAAGAGCGCGGAUUUGGCCCUCACGCGGGCAUCCUUCAAAGCUAACUAGCGUGUCACCGUUAGCUGUGAUGCGGGUUUGCUUGUUGCGUCUCUAAGUGCGGCCUAAGUACAAUUAGCCAGUAGUUGAUAAAUGUGUGCCUCAUAAAAUGUCUGGCUUUAACUUCGGAUCGGGAACUCUUGGUUCCACAAACACAGGUGGAGGAUUCGCAUUUGGUGCUGUUACCAGUGCACCAGCAGCCAGUACAGGUGGCUUCUCCUUUGGAACUGCUUUGGGUACAGCUGCUCCAACUCCUGCCGCUGCCGCCACCACCAGCACCACUCCCUCUCUUGGCUUAGGAGGCAGUCUCUUUGGUCAGAAACCUGCUGGAGGAUUCUCUUUUAACACACCUGCCUCAAGUGCUGCCGCACCAACUACAGGCCUUACGCUAGGUGCCCCAGCCUCUACAGCUGCCUCCACUGGCUUCAGUUUAGCCUUCAACAAGCCCACCGCCUCAGCAACACCCUUCUCCCUCACCACCACUACCACCACUUCAUCAGCUCCUGCUGGGGCAGGUUUAACAUUUGGCUCCAUUCUGAACUCUACUGCUCCACAACAACCAGCAGCUACAAGCUUCAGCCUUGGACUUGGUGGCACAGCUACUACUGCAGCAGUCUCAACAGGUCCAUCACUGGGUGUUGGUCUCUUCUCCAGCACUGCAUCUACAGGUUUGGGACAGACCACUCUUGGAGGAGGAGGGUUAACGCUAGGUUCACUUUUAGCUACCUCUACAACAGUUUCAGCGGCCCCAGCUCCCAGUAUUGGCCUUGGUGGGGUUGAUUUCAGCACUUCCUCUGAGAAUAAGAGUGACACAUCUUCUGGAGCCAACGCACAGGAUAGUAAAGCUUUAAAGGAUGAGAACCUGCCACCAGUCAUUUGUCAGGAUGUCGAAAAUUUCCAAAAAUUUGUAAAAGAACAGAAACAGGUCCAGGAGGACAUCAGCAGAAUGUCAUCUAAGGCUAUAUCUAAGGUCCAGGAUGACAUCAAGAGUCUCAAACAACUUCUGUCAGUCAGUGCUAGUGGUCUGCAACGGCAAGCCUUGGCCAUUGACAAACUAAAACUUGAGACAGCACAGGAGUUAAAAAAUGCUGACAUAGCAUUGCGAACACAGAAAACCCCCCCUGGACUUCAACAUGAGAACACUGCCCCAUCAGAUUAUUUCCGCAGCCUGGUGGAGCAGUUCGAGGUUCAGUUGCAGCAGUACCGACAGCAGAUAGAAGAACUGGAGAACCAUCUGACAACACAAAGCAGCGGCUCUCACAUCACACCUCAGGACUUGACUUUGGCUAUGCAGAAAUUGUACCAGACAUUUGUUGCACAGGCUGCCCAACUUCAAUCCGUCCACGAAAAUGUCAAGAUCUUAAAGCACCAGUACCUUUCUUACCGACGAGCUUUCCUAGAAGACUCCACAGAUGUCUUUGAGUCCAAGCGAGCAUCUAGCAGGAAGUGGCAGAGUACACCGCGAGUCACAACAGGUCCCGCCCCGUUCUCCAGUGUGCCCAAUGCUGCAGCAGUUGCCAUGGCAGCCACACUGACCCAGCAACAGCAGCCAACUCCAGGGACCCAGGCACCCUUGGGGGCAGGGUUUGGAAACCCCUUUGCCUCAGCAGUGGGCACUGGCUUGGGCUCCUCCACCCUAGGAGGUUUUGGUGGUGGGCCAGGAUUUGGUGGGGUGGGGACAGGGGGGUCUUCUUUUGCCUUCUCGUCGACCAGUAAGCCCACAGGAGGCAGUCUGAGUGCAGGGUUUGGGAGCAGCAGCAGUUCUGGCUUUAACUUUAGUAAUCCUGGCAUCAACCCCUCCGCUGGCCUGACCUUCGGCGUUUCUACCCAACCUGUGGCGGGCUUUGGUGCAGGGGGGCCCCUGCUCCAGCUCAAGAAACCCCCUGCCGGGAAUAAACGGGGCAAAAGAUAGAACCAGUGGAAGACAGAGCCCUGUGUCUGACCAGCUGAUGCCUGCUUUCCCAAAAGCAUCUAAGCGCUAUGACCCAAGUAUGGAACAAAGAAAAUGUAAAGUUGAGGGGAUUUUAUCAGGGAUGUGAUCAGACCCACCCAAAUCAGCAAACCAUCCAUUUAAACCUUAUUCGGUUUCAGUUUGUACUCGAUAAAUGAAAUAAAUCCCAGUGGCCAUGAUAAGCCUUAUCUUAAUAUCAUAUCAAGCUUGAUCUGUACUGUCCACUAUUCCACUUUUAUUAAAUGAUAUUUUGAUUUCUAAAUGCAGCUCUUGGUGUAAGAGGUUAUCAAAUGUUCCUGUUAGAUUUAUUUAACGAGUAAAAUUAUAUUACUUGGUUGCUAAUAAUGCUCAUUUAAUUGCCAAAAUGCAUGAAACUUGAUUUUUAUGUUUUAAUGACAACUGAAAUUACAUUGCGAACUGUUUUUUGACAGUAAAAGCAGUGGAAGUUAACUAAAUGUACCGUAUGUGCAUAUGAAAAGCUAAAAUCAGUGUCGGCGUGAUCAAAAGCAUUUGCAUUACCUCAAAGUAUUUCCCUGCACACCAUGCCAGCUAAGAAAAAGCUGGGUUGAUUUCAAAUUAUUCUAGUUAUCUGUAAGGAUUCAGUGUACUCUAAACGUUGUAUAAUAUAGAUUUUGCGCAUUUAGGUGGACAGUGCAGUUCAUUCUGUUUUGGCACACAAGCUCAAUGAAUCCCAGAAGUGUACUUGAAUGCCUUUGAAAUCAUUACUUGGCCCAAGUUUCGUCCAGGGUAGGGUAAGAUAAGUAAAGGGAAAGAGGCUGAUGAGGUAGUCCCUGUGUUGGUGGGGAGUAUUAUCUGAUCUUAGAUAGUUUUAUAGGCACAGGAGAGUGUCCAGGGUGGGUUUUUUGGGAAGCACAAUUUUAUUUUUGUAUCAGGAGGAGAAAGAGAUGACAUUGGGGAGGGGGUAAAAGGGGACACUAUGUAGUCCGCAUAACCUGUGUUGUUUUUUUCUGUCAUUAUCAUUGUUUAACAGUUUCUUUGUAGCCACAUAUUGUUUGUCCCUGUGUACCAAUGUAAGAACUUAGCAGAGGAAACGCUGUGCAGUUUGUAUUACAUGACACCCACUAGAUGUUCAGUAAAAUCUGAAAGGGAUUUUUCAAGCAGAUUCUACUUGCUCAGCUCAAUUUUUACGUGUUAGAACAAAUUUGCACUUGCCAGUGUAUGUGACAUGAUGGUGGUUGUGUGAAUGUGCAUGUGUGCUUAUUGCACAAGUAUGAAUUUGUCUCUCUGGUCUGUCUUAGUUGCUGACUUCUUUUGAGCAUUGGGUGUGGUUGGGGAUACUCUGCUUUUCUAAAUGGUCUUUUGUCAGUUCAGUUACCAAAUAUUGGUAGUUGUACUAUUAUUUUCUAAUCACAGUCUGUGUAAACAUGUAUUUUCAAGAAGCUGUUUAAUAAUAAAAUCUUCAAUAUGAUGUUUUGCCUGUUUAUGGCAUCACUUCAAUAAAUGUAUGUGUUCAGAAUA